AUGAAAAUGACUGGGAAUGGAAGCUGGCAGCAUUGCCCUCGCUCAGGAAAUGUAGCCGCACAUAUGUUGGCUCACUCGAAGAUGAGAUGGAACGAAAGAGAAGUUUGGAUUGAUAGACCCCCUGUUUUUAUUAUUGAUCAGCUGCAGCUGGAUUGUGUAACCGCUUCAUCUGAUUAA